AUGUACAAGUGCGACUGGUGCGAUUACACAACGAAGUACAUUUACAGCAUAAAGAGGCACACGUCGAUGCACGACACGUCGAUCAAACUAAAGUGCGACCAAUGCGACUACACCACUCACUGGAAGGACAACUUGAAACAACACGAAAUGACGCGUCACACUACGGUCGAGUACAAGUGCGACGUCUGCGAUUUCACGACGGAUAGAAGAUACGCGAUGCGCUACCACAAGUACGCGCACAAGGGUAUAAUGUAUCAGUGUCACUUGUGCAGCUAUAAGUCAAAGUUUAAGAACAGCUAUAAACGGCACUUCUCGACUCAUCACCCAGGCGAGGCGAAUUUGGCAGGGAAAAUCGAAGAGACGUAUCGGCAGAAUGUGUAA